AAAGAGAUGGUUUAGAAUAAAACUUUUUCAAAAUUUAUUUUAUGUGUUACAUUGUAUUUUAUUUCUUUUAAACUUGCAAUUGGUUGCAUCUUUAAUAUCUUAUUUGUAAUGUUACAACUUAUAUAGAUAAAAUAGUUGUUAAAAUUAUCUUUUUUUGGGAAAUUCUUCUCUGUCAAAUAUUUUCUUUCCUUUUUGUUUUGAAAUAUUCCUAUGUUGUUUCCUUUAAUAAAAAGAGAGAUAGAGGAAACAACGUUCCUUCUUCCAGAUUUCUCAGAUUCUUUCCCUUAUUUAGAAAAAAUCCCAAAAUCAAAAAAGUAAAAAGAAAAACACACAUUCUGAUUAUAGGGGUUUAAAGAAGUUUCUGACAGAUUCUCCGGCGAAAUUCUCGGCAAUGUCGACGUUUUCGCCGUCUCUGGUCCUCUCUCUCAUCCUUCUCAACCUACUUUUGGUUUCAUCGACGACAGAGAUGAUCAAGGAAGGAGAGAUUCGACUACCUUCUGAGAAGAUCAACGGCCAAUUCUGCAACGCAACGGCUAAACCGGUUUCUUGCCCGGUUAAAUGUUUCAGGGCUGAUCCGGUUUGCGGCGAAGACAGCGUUACUUAUUGGUGCGGUUGUGCAGACGCUUUAUGCCACGGAGUUCGUGUUUCAAAACCAGGUGCAUGCGAUGUUGGUAAUGGCGUUGGUUUGUCUGUUCCAGGACAAGCUCUGCUUUUGAUCCACAUUGUCUGGCUCGUGGCUCUUGCCUUCUCUAUUCUCUUGGGCCUCUUCUGACAAAAUCUUUUGUUGAUAUAUUUUUAUUUAUUUAUUGUCCUGUAUUGAAAACUACAAAAAGAAAAAAAAAACUAAGAUGAAGAAGGAUCGUUAUUUGA